ACAGUGCUCAAACUGAAAAAUUAGCUUGCUCUUAUCCUGAUAUCAACAGGAACUGCACUGAGAUGUAAUUGUGGUAGGGACCGGAUAAUGGCAAUAAUAGUUAGCAUGUUAAUUGCUUGAACGCUCUGAAGCACUUUGUGACUGCCUGAUUUAAAAAGCCUGCAUGGUUUGUUUACGUAUGAGCUAAUUCCUUUCAAAUCCCAUCUUAACUGAGGGUGCACUAUCAAUAUCCGAGACAGGUUUUGAAAUUAGACGUUCCUGAGUUUAUUUUCCCCUAUCGUAAGACACUGUUCAUCCCCUGCAGAUGUUUAGUCCUAGUGAGCCAUGCUCACAGUGAUCUUAUAGUAGAUGCCAAAGACAUUCCUGGCAUAAGUGAAAAUCCUGUUUGGUUCAGUUGAUAAACUUACCUCCUCUGAUACAAGCAGUCCUGCUUCCCUUUGUUAGUAGAAUUGUUUCAACAAAUACUAGAUUAGUUUUUCAUGGGUUUCCUCCACAUAUUCAUGGGAAUCCUCCAUCUGCAAAGAGUUUAGUGCUGCUGCAUUCCUCCUCCCAUCCCCUUGCAUUACAGGCUGGUAACAGCGUCACAUUCAGCCAUGAUCUAGUGUGAGGCAUUUACUUGCAUGAGAUUGCUGAGGUGCAGGACAGGCAGUGCCCAGAGAGCGGCUGUUGUAUGGCUUCUCAUGAACAGAGGGAACAAGAAAAUAAAUGUUCCAUUAGUUACACAGACAACGUGAUACAGUUGAAAACGCAGCGCUCUAUCUAAUACUGUGCAAGAAUUUUCUUUGAGGUUAAUCCCAAAGUUUAUUAAAGGUCACUAUUCAGAAUGAUUGUAUCAGAACUAGACAUAUAAUCUUAUACUUAAUAAGGUUAGAGCUUUUAUAAUAUUAUUAUUCAAAUAAAAUCUUCUAUUGUUACCAGUGAUUAAAACAUAAACCAAAGUAGUGUAAAAGAAGAUACAGGUUUAUAUCUGGAAUUCCAGAUCCAAAAUGGACUUCAUAAAGUUAGUGAAAUUCGGAAAAGCAAAUAUUUUUUUGGAAAAAGAAACCACUGGCAGCUUGCACUGAACCAUCUGUGAUCAGAAGAUUUUGUGUAGUCUUUUAAUGAGCGUGCCAUGCUGUACUGUCAGAUCAAGAUGAUAGCAUAUAAUAGGAGAGAAAGAAACCAAAGCUUUUGCAAAUAUUUACACAACUGGAUGUAUACUGAGGUGUAAAAGUGCCCAGUACUGGCCUGUCUUUUAAAGGACAUUGUUUUCUAUUGAUGUUUAAUCUAAAUAAUUUUACAUUAAUUGAGGUGAACUUGCAUAAUUAUCUUAAUACAAUGAUACAGCUCUUACCCUCAGGCUGCAGCAGGGACAGGUUAUGUGCAUAAUUAAAAAUACAUCUUCAGUAUUCACAUAUGUAGUCCCAGCUAUAUAUGGAGGCACAUGAACUCCACAUGGCUGUGAACAAAAGUAAGAUCAGGACCACUGACUGCAAUCUACCCACAGGACCAGAAUAUGGACCUUGUUAUAUACCGUUAAUUUUUAUUCAUUAAUGAAUUGUAGAACAACAUAAUUUGCUUUGAAAACAAUUCUCCACUGUCAUGGUGGAAUAUUUCAGCUUUUGUUAUUGUGUGUGUGUUGGCUAGUCAUAUUCACUAGUCCUUAAUUUCUUUUUCAGUCUUUAAUGAUUUAUUUACUUUCUUUCAAGAUAGCCAACAUAAUAAGACCUGGUGAUCACCAAGCUGAGUACCAUCUGUCUUUUUCUGUUCUGGCAAAAGUCAUGCUUCGGACAUCCUUACUUCCCCUCCAUGUUCAAAUAUACAUGAAAUAGUGAGCCUGAAGGCAUUAAGGACUAUUUACACCAAAGAAAUGUUUAUUCUGAAAAGGAGACUUGAUACUUGCUAACUUUCUCCUGGGAGCAUGCAGGAUUUGUCUGAAUCAUACACCACUGGUUUGUGGUGAAUUGUGGUGUUUUCAAACUGUGCUGCUGACACAAUUUUGAAGUAGAAUACGCUGAAGGAAAGAUGACGAUGCAUUUAAGUAAUCGGACUGUGUAUCCUGCAUAUACUUUUUGAAUUUUUCAUAGAUGUAUUUUGUAAAUACCCUGUUUAAUUCCCCUGAGAGCUUGUUUGGGGAACGGAGAAGGAGAGACCUACUGAAUGUUUAAAAGCAAAUUUCCAGUUGCUGCCACCAAAUCUUAAAUUAAUGGAGCAGCUUGUUUCCCGGCAGCCAGGAAUGCCACGAAGCGGCCUCAGCCUCCAUCCCACUUCCUAGAAACGAGCUGAGAUGGUGAGAGCACAGCCGCGCUGGCAGACCAGGAAGCACCAUCUGUUGCAAUGACUCCUCUAGAUACCCGUAACUCAAGUACACACGAGGACUGCCCACAGGCUUGGUGCCACCUCUAUAAAACAACAGGCUCUGGCCAAGCCGCUGACACAUCUUCUUUCAGCUGGUGCAUCGGGUGGGAGAGAUGCAGGUGUGCCGGCAGCAUGAGAGGAGAAACAUCAUUUGACUCACUGAAGAAUUAAAAUCGACAGCACCACAGAGCCGUGUGGGAGAAAAGGGGAUUUUAGACUCAAGCGGCACAAUCAAGUCUUGAGAAGUAAAGAGAUUUGAAUGGUUUCUCACCAAAUGGAAGUUAUCUAGAAAGCCUCUGAGACCACUGCAUCUCUCCAUCUCACUCCUGCUGCACGGAGACGGUGCUCUUGGCCCUGGGCAUUAACAAAAUGCUGGAUUCAAUCAAGUGUGUGCUGGUGGGAGACUCUGCAGUGGGGAAAACAUCUCUCUUGGUACGUUUCACUUCUGAGACUUUUCCAGAUGACUACAGACCCACCGUGUAUGAGAACACUGGCGUGGAUGUCUUCAUGGAUGGUACACAGAUUAGCCUAGGUCUUUGGGACACAUCCGGCAGUGAUGCCUUCAAAGGCAUUCGCCCCCUCUCAUACCAACAGGCAGAUGUGGUAUUAAUGUGCUACUCGGUGGCAAACCACAAUUCCUUUCUGAACCUGAGGAACAAAUGGAUCGGUGAGAUCCGUAGCCAUUUGCCCCGCAUUCCUGUUUUGGUGGUGGGUACUCAGACUGACCAGCGUGACACAGGGCCCUACAGUUCCUCCUGCAUCAGCCCGAUAGAUGGGAAGCGGCUUGCCCAGGACGUGCGAGCCAAAGGCUAUUUGGAGUGCUCUGCCCUCAGCAACCGGGGCGUGCAGCAGGUGUUUGAGUACGCUGUGCGGACAGCAGUCAAUCAAGCCAAGAGGCAGAACAGGCGGAAGCUCUUCUCCAUUAACGAGUGCAAGAUCUUUUGAGGACUAUCAGCAGUGGCUUUGCCCAUGCUCGUUCCUUCUGUCUUCGCACAAAGAUGCUGUGGCAGAGAGAAUGGGAGGUGACUCAAAGGAGGACUGCUGGCAGGAGCGCAGUCCAGGUACCCCUAGCGAGACAGGUGUGCUCUCUACCUGAUCUGCUCCCCACGCACACACGUGGGCACUGUCUUGAAAAAUGAAAGGUGCAAGUACAUGCCCUGGUUCACAAGCCUGUGUUUGGACUUUGCUAACCUGGACUGGAGCAGGCCCAGCCUGGAGACAUGCAGACGACGACUGUGCUGAUUUUGUUGGUUUUCCUGUUGAUGUUCUGUUUGUUGGUUUGUCUGCAUUUAUUUAAUGACAAACUUCUGCCUGGAUCAACCCCCAGCUCUUGACACAUCUGUCUAUGUGGAGGUUGUUUUUUUUUUUACUUUAAGAACUUAGUGUAUAAAAUCUGACCACUGUGUAUUCUAUUUAAAAGACUCUUGUAUACAUUGUUGCAAAAUCCUGACAGUUUGUUUUCAUAUUUUGGAGGUUCUUCCUUUAGCUAACCACAGAAGCAGAUUGUCCUAUCCAUAUAAUAAAUGGCCUGCAGGCAAGCCUAGAACUUCUUACAGACGCUCAAGUCUCUGUGUAACAGUAAUCAAAUCCAGUAUGUCCAGUAUAGGAUACUUAGUGACAUUUGACAGCUGUAAUGUGGCUUAGUGAGAUUUAGUUGUGUUAUCUUCAUCUUGUUCCUCAGCAAUGUGGUCAAAGAUGGGACGAAGAGGAGGAACCUAACCUGAUUCUUCCUAGAGCUCACCUGACUGUGACUCCAGAAGGGCUGUCUUGCAGUCAGGACUGGGUUAGACAUAUGGUUGGGGUGGCAGAGAUGAAUCUGUGCUGUCAUCACCUCUGUUGCCCCUGCUGUAAUUCUGGAGGCAAAAGAUUUCAGUCUCUAAGGAUGAAAGGUAUUUUUUCAUGAGCACUAAAAUUCUUAUGUAUUUAUGGUACACUUCUUUUUGAAACAGUGAUGUUAAUGAAACCAGUCACCUACUAUAGAAAAAAAUUAAUUACAUGGCAAUGCUGAAUGCGUGUAUUUAGAAUGGGUAAAUAAUUUUUUCCCCUCCCUGAGUUCGCAUACUAAGUAUAACUGCCUGGGUUGUAUCAAAAUAAGACAGAAACAAGCUUUUCAUCCUGAGGAGCCUGGCAAGUCAAAUCCUGAUAUACCUACUCGGGUCAACUUACCCUUCUGCACAGAAAGCCAGGCUAAGAAGGUGGAAUCUCCAGAUGUGUAAGAGAACUCUGCUAGAAGAUGGAAUGGGGUCAACAUGCAAUGCUGUACGUUCCUUGUGAGUUGUGGUGUUCCUCUCCCCUCAGGUUAUCUGUCCCCUCUGCUCUGCACCAUCUCUCAGAUCUUGCAGGUCUGUCCCAUCCCAAGGUUUCUGCUGCCAUAGAAGUCCCUUGGAGGAUUUCUUAGUACAGCAAGAUUUUUCUUCUCCCUUUCCCUGUCAUUCAGUUACGUAAGAACUGAUCUUUGAGGGGCUAAUAGCAUGGUGCCAUGAAAGAUGGCAUAUAGCACAGUAGGAUGAUUCAGUCUCCACGGAUCCUGAGAGAAUCACUUGUGUCUGUUUUGACUGAGCCCCAGCUCAUGUGUCUCAACAGGAAUGGAUGCAGUGGCUUAUCUGAUUCAAAUGCAGGGUGGGACUUCAGGAGUUACCCUACUAAGCAAAUAAGCUAUAGCUCAGAUCUUACCUACCUACAAUUUGCCUCCGAAAAGGGUGCUCUUCUCCAUACCCUGUGCUGCCUCUAAGCUUCUCUAUAAAGAGAAAUUCCAAAUUAAGUCAUUCCCCUCCUAUGAAUCCCAGAGAUGAUGCUCAUCUGUGAUGUAGGUGAGCAAGUAUUUGCAUUGCAGGCACCUUGAAUAGCAGUGGUGCACAGGAGACUUGAUGUUGUGAUCAUCCUGCCAGCUCCCAAGCUGGUGAAUAUUUACCACUCAUCAACUUGAUUGUAAGGGAGGCUUAUGGUCAUAAAAGCAUACCAGUCUUGUGUGAGGUUUUCAUAUCAGUUUUACAUCUUUACAAGUUUCUGCACCCGAGCACACAAGACAAGAGCUCCAUCACUGCCCAUCUUUCCUGUACUCUUCUCUUUCCUACUUCUUUUUCUCUUCAGGUGUUGAUUGCAAAGCCUUUGCGCCCCCCAAACACUAAAACUGACAUGUUUGUAGAAGAACCUGAACUGCAUCAUACUUAGGCAGAGUUACACAAGUGGCUAGGUGUUUGCAGUCCUCAGUUAAAAACCUUUUGCUUUUGGAAGAAAUAUGUUUCUGCAUCUCAGCUGUUGCAAUGCCUCUCCACUGAAAGUUUUGGGUAUUGUAACCCUAAUUUAAAAGUAGCAGUUGUUACUGUUUGAACAUUAAAGAUCACAUGCAAAAUG